ACUAAAAUUUUCCCGGUCUGAAACAGACAUUAUAAACAUGGCGGAAUGCUGGAAAGGAAGUGAAACAGUAUCAAACCUGCCUCUGCAAAUGUCAUUAUACUUUAAUGUUAUUUUCUUCCCAGUUUGGCUGAUAACAGUUAUAAUCAUGUUGCAAUUGAAGUAUGAAUGCUUAAGCCACAUAUAUCGCUUCACAGUGGUGACUGUUUUAAUUGCUGUGAUUGGCAUCGAGUGCCUGCGUCUGUAUAUGGGCUACUUGGGCAACCUUACAGAAAAAAUACCUGAAUUAGCUGGCUUCUGGAUGCUAUCACUGCUUCUGCAAUUGCCUCUACAGCUGUUCUUGUUUGUGAAUGAAGAGACCGUGCCAUUACCAAUUGAACGUGCUGUACAGGGAGUAAUGCUGUCAUUCUUAGCAGUACAAUUGGUUUCUGGAUUUGUUGCCCUCAGACAUGCUUCAAAGCAUCAGGCUUAUCAUUUCCAUGUUAUGCAGUUCCAAGCCAUGCCUGAUUCUGUGAGUCGGCUUGAUCUUGCCUACAAACUGGAUUGAAAUAUAUCUGCUGUAUAAAGUAUACGCAAAUAUCAAGCCCUGACAUUGAAGGCAGAAUGUUCCUCUGAAAAUGUAGUACAAGUCCACAUGGCAUUACUAGAACCUCAGAUCUCAUUAAUAAAUACUUUUUCAAGAUAAAGAGGUGUAUCAUGGAGACUGGCCGCAUCUUUUAUGUGUGUGUGUGUGUGUGUGUGUGUGUGUGUGU